GAGGAGGAGUAGCUGUUCCUUGCAUGAAGAAUCGAUUUUUCCCCUGUGCCCUUCCCUACCCUACUUUGGGCCAUCGCGGCAUCCUCUCCCGUGUUUUCUUUUUUUCCACCUCUCGCGAUCUUAGUAAUGCUGCCAGUUAACAAUUUGCGAUUGUGGUGGUCGAUGAACCUGGUACUGCAGCUGUUUAAGCAAUCGAGCGCCCGCGUGCUUUGCACUGCCCGCUAGCUUCCAGGUGCGGGGACGAGCUCUCCAACACAGCGGCGCGGGAUGGCGCCCAAGACGUGCCCCCUUGGCCACUCGCUCGGUGUCUGGGAGGCGGAGGCGGGCUCGUGCGACGGGUGCCGCCGCGUCAUCCGCGACGGGGACCUGGUGAUGGACUGCAGGCGAUGCAACUAUUACCUGUGCAACGAAUGCUACAACGACCGGAGCUCGCUGUGGAUGUCGCUGGCGUCCUUCAUCCCGGACUGCACGGCCGACACCCGUGCCCCGAGCGCCACAGAGGUAGUGUGCGAUGGCGACAACGAGUGCGCAUCGACAGUCGUGGUCGACCCCAGGUGUGACCGGCGCACGCACAAGGACUCGAACGUCGCGGGGGACGCACGGGAUGCAAGGCAGCAUGAGGAGACGCCAGAUGAGGUGGAGGCGCCGACCGAGCCCCAGACCACGAAGAGCGCGGCGGAGACCGUCGACCUGCUGGGCGACCUGCUCUCGGAGCAGACGCCGCAACCGCGACCAGUCCCAGCCGCGCCCAAACCCGCCGUCCGAUCGGCCGCGGCGGAGCUGGCGGCGGAGCUCGCCGCGCCGCCUGACCUGGGGCUGCUCGGCGCCAAGGGCCAGGAGGCCCCCAAGCAGUCAGCGCUGCAGGCUGCUCGCUAUGGGGCAGCGUAGGGGCCGCCAGGACUCAUGGUAGAGAGCGCCCGCAGAAUCACGGAAGACCCUGCACUUGUGAGUCUGCUACUUGAGAACGUCAGGUUUCCCAGCCUGCUUUCUCGAAGCUGUUCGGACGAACUUUGCAGACGCAUUCAUCAUCUAAUUAGGGCACUUCUGAGUAUACAGAUGCUCAGGCUCUUCUAGUACAUCUUCUGCCGUGUUGCGCAGUCAGUCAUCGCAUGUUCUGUAGGCGUUAUCACUAAUUGGAGCCUGCGCUCUCAGACUUCGAGGCCUUCAGUAGCGCCUUGAGCCAAAUUUAUCGUAGCCGUGUACAUGUACCAAGGCGCUGGUGCCCUCGUUCCAUCUGCUCCAUGCGGAUCUGUCCUGCAGCGCUAUCGCGCUUGCGGCGCUCGGUGAACGUCCAACAGAAAAGCAAUACUCCUCUGCGCUGCGUUCGACGUUUUAUACUUGGAACUACGCCGCCAUGCCACUGAAUAUUCGUUGCAAGAUUUGGUCUUGGUGUCAGCAGCAGUGCCAGAGGCUACCAUCAUUCUCGGCGUGUGUCGCGUGUUCGGCAUUAAUGGCAGUGACAGGUGUAGCGCUUUGACCCCGCAUGUUUCACAGGCCGCCGACUCGACUCGAUGUUCCUACCUUUCCCCCUCCUUUCUUCCCUUCCUGUUCCGCUCUUACCUCCUCGGCGGGGAG